AUGACAAGAUAUUUGUGUAAUUGUUUUGUAUUUGUGAGGCGACGAGUGUUUUUGAUAUCAUGGAUCUCAUUAGUUUUAUAUAUUUUUUACGAUACAUUUAAUUACUAUUACAAGGAUCGACGAUUUUAUCAUUUAAGAAGCAUUUUAGGGUCAGGUCUAUGCAUAUCACGAGGCACCGCAAAUGUACUUAACCUAUGCUGUGCGUUGGUUUUGCUCCCCUUGUGUAAGAAGCUCAAUCAACUGCUAUACCGCUUGCUUUCAAAAUUAUGGCCUGGAUUAUUUUUCUUUUGGCUGGAAAGAGCAAAGAGUUUCCAUAUGACUGUCGCUAUUACACUUCUGAUAUUUGCUGUGAUACAUUCCUUAUCGCAUUUCGUGAAUCUGUGGAACUUCUCUCGCAACUACGAUGGGCGGAGGCCGGACAUCAACAUGGCGCGCUACAAGAACGAGAAUCCUUUACAUUUGCUAAUGAGCACUACGGGAGUAACAGGCGUUAUGUUGUUAACCAUCUCCAUAAGCAUGGGGCUGACAUCAUUGCGAGUAGUCCGACGUAGAAUAUAUAACGCCUUCUGGUACACCCAUCAAUUGUAUCUGCCCUUCAUGGUGUUCCUGAUGAUUCAUCCUUUAAGUGGUGUCCUGAAGGAAGAAGUCUUAGAUGAACCUAACACUAGUCUUUUCCCUAGUCAAAUAAAAAGCUGGACGAAUAGUUCAACGCCUUACACACCUAAGUUUGUGGCCAUAAAAUCGAAAACAUGGCUUUGGAUGGCCUUGCCGCUCAGCUGCUUUCUUGUUGACCUUCUGUGGAGGAUAUUUUCGAGAAAUCGCGCGGGAGUUCAACUGUUAAAUGUGACUCAUAUGCCCGGCCGAACACUGAGCGUGACAGUGAGCUGUCCCCACGAAUGGUUCAACUGUCGAAAGGGCCAGUACAUACUGCUGCAGUGUUUGGAUGUGUCGCUACUAGAAUGGCAUCCUUUUACCGUUGUCAAGCUUCCGACACCUAACUACAGACAGUUUGACGUUUGGAUAAGAGUCAAAGGCGAUUGGACCGAAGCUUUCGAGAGAUUGAUUUUGGAGAGAGGAGCAAUUAACGUCAGGGUGCUUAUCGAUGGUCCUUUCUCGAGUCCCAUGGAAGGAGUUAGUAGAAGUGAUAUCGCAUUGUGCGUGGCAGCCGGUGUAGGAAUCACACCAUUUGUGACCAUUUUAUAUGAUAUGCUUAUAAAUCCAAGGGGCUUCUUACCCAGACGAGUUCACUUAUUGUGGAUAGUGAGACAGGAACAGGAAAUAACGUGGUUGGCGGAAUUAACAAAUAAAGUAUUAUCUGAGUUGAGAUAUGCAAAUCGACCGGACCGACUUCAUAUAGAAUUUUACGUAACUGCCACAAACAAUAAUAAAACCAAUACUCCCAUAGAUAAAGAUAAAAAUGAUUUAGCACAUGUUAUAGUAAUUAACGAGAAAGGAGUCAUAAGUCAUGUUCUGAACGAAAAUGAUAGAACUCUAGAUGAUGAAAAAGCAACGCUUUUAACUCCGAUCAAAAAAGUUAAUGACUACGUUGAAGUUAAAAGAGAUUUGGAUAAUAAAGGGUACGAUAUAGCAAAGGAAUAUCCUCUACUGGGGUGUAGAGUCAGAAGAGGCAGGCCGCAUUGGGACCGUGUGUUCGGUUAUUGGGUGCAUCUGUAUCCAGAACAAAACCUAAGUUUAUAUUGCUGUGGACCAAAGAAGUUAGUCAAAUUGUUAAGAGAUAGAUGCAAAAGCGUAUCAAACGAUACCAAGACCAAGUUUACGUUUAUUCAUGAAGCUUUUUCCUAA